UGAACGUACGUCGAGAUAAUGACGAUUUGCUGUGGAAGCGCGUAGUCAACAAUUUCGAAAGGCAUUUUGUUUAAAUUAUAAUAUCAUAAUACUUGUUUAAAUAUGUUAACAGAGUACGCAGGAAAUCUCUCGCAUCCGCUGGAGUUCGGUCAUGUGCUGGAGAUUGUGGCCAAGACCAUCGACGGAGCCGCCAGAUUCCACAUCAACUUGUGUACGGCCAAGUUAUCGUUAAAUCCUGAUGCGGAUAUUGGAUUACGUUUCUCGUGCUAUUUCCGUGAUGAUUCGAUUGUGCGCAAUGCGCGUUUACAUGGCGUGUGGGGGGAGGAGGAAUCCAAGGUGAUGGACAACAUAACGCUGCCAAAUCCCAUUGUCAGUGGCGAGUUCUUCAUGGUGUACAUCUUGGCAUGCGAGGAUUGCUUUCACAUAUCAAUCAACAGUCGCGAAUUCUGCACAUUCCGUUAUCGCGUGCCCUUGAGCGCGAUACGCGCCAUCCAGAUAUGCGAUCAAAUACAGGUCAUAAAACAAGUCGAUCAUCGCACCAUUUUUCCCAUUCCCUGGCCAGCUAUUCAGGCAUCCGACUACUUCAAGGCAUUCAGCAAUGAUCAACCAAUUCUCUUCAGUCCCGGCCAUGUGAUUGUCAUGACUGCUCGGUGUUUUGAGAACAAACGUGGACAGUUCAUCAUCAAGUUUAUGGACACGGAUACCAAGCGGGAGGAAUUGCAUUUCAGUGUGCGUUUCGAUGAGAAGUCCGUUGUGCGCAAUUCCAUGAACAAGAACUUUGAAUUCGGUGCCGAGGAACGUCACGGGGGCUUCCCCUUUGUGUUUAAUCAACAAUUUAAAUUGGCUCUAGCUUUUACGGAACGUGAAGUGCUCACUGCCGUGGAUGGAUACAAUUUCUUUAGCUACGCAUGGCGUACACCGAGUGCUAUGAUGAAUCUGGUUGGCUUUAAGGUGACGGCGAUUAAUGGACUCGUUAUACAAAUAACCGGAGUCGAUCACGUGCAAACCGGGGAUCCAACGUGCGCUGGUUUCGAGAAGUAUUCGCGACAUGAUUACGAGUGUGCCUAAUUUAUACUAUAAGGGUCUGUUGCUAUAUAUAAA